AUGGAGAGUGUAGAAGGAAACAACAUGGCAGUGAAAGUGGCUUUUAUUCAUGAUGCUAAUAAGCUCUCAAGAGAAGAAGAGAGACAUGAAAAUGUUGAUGAAAACAACAAUGAUAGAUUUGCUAUCACUCAGUGCAUUGGUGAAACCGAUACUCAUUUGGGUGCACUCAUUACUCGCUAUGCACAAACUCUAACCAACUAUAGCUUGCGUAACUUAGUACGGUACCCUACUAAUCAAAACUUCAACUAUGAGGCAUUAGCACCAUUGCUUCAAUUUCACUUGAACAAUGCUGGAGAUCCAUUUCUUGGAAGCAAUCUUCAUGGAAUUUUAGUAGGGAGAGAGCAACUUCCAGAUGGAAUUCUAUAUACCUCAGAAGAUUCACAUUAUUCAAUAUUCAAAAUAGCAAGAAUGUAUAGAAUGCAAUGUGUGAAGGUUGCCUCUUUGAUCUCUGGUGAAAUUGAUUGUGCUCAACUACAGACUUCUCUACUUGCCAACAAGGACAAACCAGCCAUCAUCAAUCUAAACAUAGAUGACAACUUUACUCGUAGAUGGAAUUUGGCAAGCAAUAAAAAUAUUGCACAUGUGGUAGUGUUGAAGCAUGUUACUAUUGAAAUGCUUGACACCUUUGUUUGUGAAUUUGUCCAAAAACGAUCUGUUUGGUAUAAAGAUGGACAAGUUCAGCCUCUAUGCAUUUCGAAAGAUGUUGGUUCUAGAAAUUGUGCUUGUUCAAUACACAAAUUAUCAAUAAAUUAUUAG